CAAACGCAGAAGAGUCUUACAGAAAAGAGCAAAAGUCCUCAUCUCUCACCAGUCACCAACUCACAUCACACGAUCCCAUUGAAUUGUGUUGAAAAUAAUUGGUUUUGUAUCAUCAUUUUGGCAUAAAGAAAUUGAAACAAAAUUAGAAGUGGAAAAAAGUACAUAUACCAUUACUUCCAGCUGAUCAAACUUCCUCAGUGAUCAUCUAUCUGAUACUGACUGCACUGUCAUGGCUUCCCGGUCACCGGAGGACAAGACGGAGGCUAUAGAUGCUCCCCUGCAUGCAGUUGGGUUCGAGAUUCAAGAAGUGACACCACAGAAGGUCUGUGGUUACCUCAGAGUCACUGAAAGAAGCUGUCAGCCAUUCAAGGUGUUACAUGGAGGUGUAUCAGCUCUAAUAUCGGAGGCUCUGGCUAGCAUAGGAGCUCACCUGGCUUCUGGUUUACAAAGGGUGGCUGGAAUUCACCUUAGCAUCAACCACAUGAAGCGAGCUGAGCUUGGUGACCUUAUCUAUGGUGAAGCCUUACCCAUCAGCGUUGGCAAAACUAUUCAGGUUUGGGAGGUGCGACUUUCCAAGAUUGAUCCUUCAAACUCAGAUAUCAAAUCCCUCGUAUCAUCAGCAAGAGUUACUCUUUUGUGCAACAUGCCUGUGCCACAGCACGCAAAAGAUGCAGGUGAAGCCCUCAAGAAGUAUGCCAAAUUAUAAAAACUUAUGUAACCCUGUUUGUGUUUUUAAGUUUCCACACUUGUUACUAAACUUUAUGAAGAAAUUAGUGAAUCCAUUGCCAGCAUGCAUAACUAUA